AUGGUCACGGCGGCCAAGGCCCAGGGACGCGCCAGCUCCAAGGAUGCCCGGCCGGCGCAGCCAAGUGACGCCAGUCGUUCCGAGUACGUUGAGGGUGAUCCAGCCAACUCCACACGGAGUCACUUUCUUUCCGAAGUGUCGCAAGCAGAGAGUGAGAACCUGGCUCCUCUGAGCUUCGGCGAGCAGCUGGUUCUGGAGACCUAUCUCCGGUACCGGGGCAGGAGGUACGACCGCCAGCGCCAGGAUGCCUUGUCCCAGCCGCGGAAGAUCAAGCCGCCCCCGCCGGAGGAGCGGCCAGGCCGCCCGCAGAAGCCCUUGGACAAAGAGCAGUUGGGGGACCUCAUCGAUCGCCUCGCGAAGCCCAAGAGGGGGAAAGUCGUCGAGUCCGGUGAGCACUUG